AUGGUGGAUAAAAUUUCGAAUCAACAAUCUAUCAAAAAAGGAAAAGACCCAAAAAAUCUUUUUAUCAUUUUAUUCUUUUUAUCAAUCUCUGUAGUUGUGAUUUUAUGGCAAAUUAAUACUAUUAAGGUUAAAAUGGAUAAAGAGGUGCCCGUUCUUCCUUUGUUUGUUUACACUCAAAUUAACUCGGGUACAGUAACAUCAUCAGUUAAUGGAGUCUUAUCCAAAGGGGAGGAAGGCCGUCAGGAGUCAUUUAUCGUCCCUUUUGAUAAUCCAUACCCUGUUGGCAUUAUUCCAAAAGUUGUUGCACAACUCAAAACUUUAGAUAUAGAUAAUACUCGCGUUUCCCGUAUCAAUGUUGAAACUUCACACAUUUCAAAUUUGGGUUUCACGUUGACUUUUAAAACUUGGUCAAAUACGAUUGUUUACUUUGUUCAAGCAUCCUACAUUGCACAUGCAGAGCAAACUUUAGAUUUACCUGAUUUCUUUGUCGUUUCCUUUGCAUCACCUUUUUAUGAUGGUAUCGACUAUAGGGGUAAUCGUCGAAAGACUAUAGAAGGUCAUUGA